UGUCCACAGUUGUGAAAGUAUUCCCGUUCCCGUUCCCAUUCCCAAUACACACACCAUCACGCCAUUUACUGAUUCGCUCUUGCAAAUCUAUCUAUCCAUCUACCGAGAUUUCCGCAUCUAUUUCACCCCCAAAUCUCACGCUCAGUGGAAUUUGGGUCAAAUUUAUUCAACAAACUGAAGAAGGACGAAUAAAAUCAAAACCCUAACUCUCAACCUUUCCAUUCGAAGCAGGAAAUGGGUUUUUCCUGCAAAUUAAUUUUCUUCGUAACAUCGGUUCUGGUGGUCACGGAUUUGGCGGUUGCUAGAUUUGUGGUCGAGAAGAACAGCUUGAAGGUUACAUCGCCGGACAGCAUAAAGGGGACGCACGACAGUGCUAUCGGCAACUUUGGGGUUCCGCAGUAUGGGGGAAGCAUGGCGGGGACUGUUGUUUACCCCAAGGAUAAUAGGAAAGGGUGCAAGGGUUUUGAUGAUUUCGGGAUUUCCUUUAAGAAUAAAGCUGGUGCUAUGCCUAAUUUUGUUCUCGUCGAUCGAGGAGAUUGCUUUUUUGCUUUAAAGGUUUGGAAUGCCCAAAAUGCUGGCGCAGCUGCGGUGCUGGUUUCUGAUGACAUUGAUGAACCGUUAAUCACGAUGGACUCACCUGCAGAGGCCCGUGCUUCUGAAAAAUAUAUUGCUAACAUAACUAUACCGUCUGCAUUAAUUGACAAGAGAUUUGGUGAACAACUAAAGGAGGCUAUCAGGAAAGGAGACAUGGUGAAUGUGAAUCUUGACUGGAGAGAAGCUGUUCCCCACCCAGAUGACCGAGUUGAAUAUGAACUAUGGACAAACAGCAAUGACGAGUGUGGGGUUAAGUGUGAUAUGCUGAUGGAGUUUGUGAAGGAUUUCAAAGGGGCUGCUCAAAUUCUUGAAAAAGGCGGUUAUACUCAGUUUACACCACAUUAUAUUACUUGGUAUUGCCCUCAGGCAUUCACCUCCAGCAAGCAAUGCAAAUCGCAAUGUAUCAACAAUGGAAGAUAUUGUGCUCCAGACCCAGAACAAGAUUUCAGCAGUGGUUAUGAUGGGAAGGAUGUUGUUAUGGAAAACUUGCGGCAGCUAUGUGUGUUUAGAGUGGCCAAUGAGUCAAGCAAGCCAUGGAUCUGGUGGGACUAUGUUACUGAUUUCCAAAUCAGAUGCCCCAUGAAGGACAAGAAAUAUAAUAAGGAAUGUGCAGAUGGUGUCAUCAAAUCCCUAGGUCUUGAUCUGAAUAAAAUUGACAAAUGCAUCGGUGACCCAACUAGUGAUGCAGAUAACAAGGUUCUUAAGGAAGAGCAGGAUGCUCAGAUUGGUAAAGGAUCGCGUGGUGACGUAACCAUAUUGCCUACCCUUGUUGUAAAUAAUCGACAAUAUAGAGGAAAGUUGGAAAAAGGAGCUGUCUUGAAGGCUCUCUGUGCUGGGUUUGAAGAAACAACUGAGCCAUCUGUUUGCUUAAGUGGUGAUGUUGAAACAAAUGAGUGUUUGGAAAACAAUGGUGGCUGCUGGCAAGAUAAGGCAGCUAAUUUAACAGCGUGCAAGGAUACAUUCAGAGGAAGAGUUUGUGAAUGCCCUGUAGUUAAUGGUGUGAAGUUUAAGGGAGAUGGAUAUAGCUCGUGUGUUGCAAGUGGGCCGGGACGAUGCAAAAUCAGUCAUGGAGGCUGUUGGCAUGAAAGUCGAAACGGUAUCACGUACUCAGCAUGCGUGGAUGCUGAGGAUGGAAGAUGCAUUUGCCCUCCAGGAUUCAAAGGAGAUGGAAAAAGUUGUGUAGAUAUUGAUGAGUGCCAGGAAAAGAAAGCCUGCCAAUGUCCUGAAUGCAGCUGCAAGAAUACGUGGGGAAGCUAUGAGUGCUCUUGUAGUGGAGACCUGUUAUAUAUGAGGGACCAUGAUACCUGCAUAAGCAAGACAUCCAGCGAAGUUAAAUCUGCAUGGACUGCUGUUUGGGUUAUUUUGCUUGGAUUAGCCAUGGCUGCUUGUGGAGCUUAUCUCGUUUACAAGUAUAGGUUAAGGUCAUACAUGGACUCAGAGAUACGGGCUAUCAUGGCACAGUACAUGCCUCUAGACAGUCAAAUAGAAGUCCCAAAUCAUACACACGAUGAUCGUGCAUGAAAAUCCCCACGUGAUCUUUAUUUGUGUGCAAUACAGCCCUGGAGCAAACAGAUCUUCACCAUCCUGAUCUAUUAAGGGAAAGAACAUAGAGAAUUAUGUAAUCUUUGUGCUACUUGGAUGGGGGGAAGUUGAGGAAUGAGAAUCGUCUAUUUGCCUGGUGUCUUUUUAAUGCACAUCAUAUCGAAAGUCGAGUUGGGACAGACAGAAGGAUUAGAUUGGAUGUUCGUGUACAUUGAUAGCUGUAAGUUAUGUAUUUUGAUGAUGAAAUUGCAUUGCAUGUUUUCUGAAUUGCAUUGCUGCUCUGCGUUACUAAAUUUGCUUAUGAUUCGGUGCAUUCAUUAUAUAAAGACCGUUUGUGCUUAAGCCAUCUGUA